AUGAACGGGCACACAGACGCACCCCGGGUCACCUCCCGACUCUACUCCCCCGCAACCCCACAAAUCUCCGAGUUUCAGACCAUCUGCGCGCAGACCACGCAAAAAGAAACCUACCCACUCGCCGCCGAGAUCAGCUCCAACAUCCCAAUCUACAACCUACCCCAGGACCCCAUUUCCGCCUCCCUCCUCACCUCCCUCCAAGAUGAGUGGCAUCACAUCCUGCACCAAGGCCCAGGCGUCUACGUCCUCCGAUCCAUGUACGCACCCUCCAAAUACGCCGCAACCCUAGAAGCCACGAACAAAGCCUUCGACGCCAUCAUCGCGCGCGAACGCUCCCUCCCAAAAAAGGGCGACCACUUCGCCGCAGGCGGCACAAACGAUCGCAUCUGGAACGCCUUCUCCAAACACGCCCUGCAAGACCCCGUCUCCUUCGUGGACUACUACUCCAAUCCCUGGUUAGCCACCGUUUCCGAAUCCUGGCUCGGCCCGGACUACCGUGUCACAGCCCAGGUUAACGCUGUACACCCCGGCGGCGCAGCCCAGGAAUCCCACCGCGAUUACCACCUCGGUUUCCAGGAGGAGAAGGCCUGUCAGCGCUUCCCGGCUGCUACGCAGCUGACGUCACAGUUCCUGACGCUGCAGGGGGCUGUCGCACAUAGCGACAUGCCGGUGUCGAGUGGGCCGACUCGGUUCUUACCCUUCAGCCAGACUUAUCGGUCUGGGUAUAUGGCUUGGCGGAAGCAGGAGUUCCGGGAAUUCUUCAAUGAGUCCUAUGUUGCUUUGCCGCUGGAGUUGGGCGAUGGAGUCUUCUUUAACCCGGCCUUGUUCCAUGCCGCGGGUGCGAACGAGAUGAGCUCGGAGGAUGGAUUCCGACGUGUCGCUAAUCUAUUGCAGAUUAGUAGUGCGUUUGGCAAACCGAUGGAGACGGUUGAUUCCGUGCCGCUGGUUGAGAAGACUUGGGAGCUGAUGAAGGCCCGGUUUCAGGAGGCGGGCACCGUGGCUGGUGAGCUUGAUCCGGAGGUGUUCAGCUUGCCGCAGAGGGAGCUGCGGGCUUUGGUGCAGGCGGUGGCGGAGGGAUACCCGUUCCCCACGAAUUUAGACCAGAGACCGCCUGCGCCGAGUGGCAUGGCGCCGGAGAGUGAGCAGGCUAUUAUUUUGCGGGGAUUGGAAGGGGGUUGGAGCACAGGGGAAAUUGUUGCUGCAUUGGAGCAGAUGCAUGUCGAUUCGAAAGCUUAG